UUUAAACAGUGCGUACACACAUCGCUCGUUUAUUGUACAAAUCAGAAUCGUUUGGGCCGUCGAUCGGAUCGGUUGUGUUUUCUGUGCUGGUGUUUACUACAAUUUCUUUUCAGUGAUUUUAUGAAAUAUUCAAUUAACGAAAUUUCAACAUUAAGCAUUUCUAUUUUUUAAAAAAAAUUGAAAAUUCAAUAAAUCGGCGGUGCCAGAUAUAUCGUCUUUUUUUUAAAUAAAAGAAUACAAUAAUAUUGUUAAUUAAAUCGUGAUUAAAUAAAUCGUGCUUUAUUUUAAAUUGUGACCAAAAAAUUAAUCGUGAAUAAUGGCUGACGAAAGUCUUCAAGUACCUCAAAAUCUUGAUUACCACAUAAUAACAUUAUUCCAGCGCUUGGAAAAUAUGCGUAAAGAUUCUCACAUGCAUCGCAUAGACGGCCGUUUAUCAUCCAUUAAAGCUAAGCAGCACAUGCAAGUGGAAAUUCGUACAUUGGAAUUUUGGAGAUCGAUAAUUGCUGAGUGCUUGGCAUCAUUUUUGUAUGUCUUCAUUGUAUGUGGUGCUGCAGCUGGAGCUGGCGUAGGUGCUUCGGUUUCAUCUGUUUUAUUGGCAGCAGCACUGUCAUCUGGAUUCGUUGUGACAACUUUAACACAAUGCUUCUCGCAUAUAUCAGGUGCUCAUAUUAAUCCAGCUGUAACAUUCGGUAUGGCUAUAAUCGGUGCAAUUUCUCCGCUACGUGCAGCAAUGUACAUCACGGCACAUUGUGGUGGUGGAAUUGCCGGUGCAGCGCUUCUCUAUGGAGUAACGGUUCCGGGCUAUCAAGGCAAUUUGCAAGCAGCCAUCGCACAUACAUCAAAUUUAGGACCCUGGGAACGCUUUGGUGUAGAAAUGAUCCUAACAUUUAUUGUUGUAUUGGCUUACUUUAUGUCAACUGAUUCAUACAAGUCGUAUUUCGGUGUAUCUGCCUUGUCAAUUGGAGCUGCUUAUAGCGCAUGCAGUUUCGUUUCCAUGCCAUACUUGAAUCCGGCUCGUUCAUUGGGUCCAUCAUUUGUUUUAAAUCGCUGGGAAAAUCACUGGGUGUAUUGGGUUGGUCCUUUUGUUGGAGGAGCAAUGUCAGCCGUCUGCUAUCAAUACGUGUUCAGCGCACGACGCGCAUUAAAACUGAAAGAUCUUGAAAACGAUUCGGCAUGCAUUUCUGAUGAUGAUACAAAUUCUGAUUUGGAUAUGGAAAAAUUGAAUAUGCCACCAUCGAAAUUCCAUGGAUCAACUUAUCGCUCACCAAAUGGAACAAUGCAACAACCAAAUGGCUACUGUCAAAAUCUCUAUACAAGCGAACUCGGUUCAAAGGCUGAUCAACUCGAACCAAUUUAUGGUGGCACACGUUCAAUGUACUGUAAAUCACCACCACUCACUCGGGCCAAUUUGAAUCGUUCACAAUCGGUAUAUACAAAAAGCAACACAGCCAUAAAUCGUGAAUUUUUGCCAAGAGGAGGACCACUUGUACCAGCUCAAAGUUUAUAUCCACUUCGUGUGAAUGCUCAAAAUUCGCAUCUACAAAAUCAAAACGUACAAAAUCAAAUGCAACAACGAUCGGAGAGCAUCUAUGGAAUACGCAGUUCGAUGCGUCAUGAACAACGUAAUCCAAUUCAGUCACAACAACAUGGCGAUAAUGUAAUCGCUAAUUUUCAACCAGUCUAUGGAACACGAAACAAUCCAAGCCCAGGAAACGAUUUAUGCAAAUUCGAUCGUGAAGGUUCACGUGAUGAACAGAAAAUUUACUCAAACCGUCGACCAGAAUCUGGAAUAUAUGGAAUGACAAACAAACGCCCAGGACAAGCUCAAAGCGCAUCUGAUGACAGCACAUAUAGUUCAUAUCCACCAUCGUCUUCGACACCAAAUGGACAAUCGACCAGCCGUACAUCAAAUUGCGAACAACAAAUCGUACCCGGCAAUUAUGGACAGGCUCAACCAUCAAAUGGUCCAAUACGAUCAGAACGAAAACCAUCAAUGAACGCUGGAAUGGAACAACGUGUUACAUAUGGCCAAACUCAAAUGCAACCAAAGCCCAUGCACAGUGGAAACAAUAAUAGUGCACCUCUUACGCAUCAAUACCAUAUGCAACAAAUGAGCAGAUCCUAGGAAGUCUAACAAAUUGUGUACUCGAUUUUGUAUUCGAUUGUGUAGAUAAUUUAUAUAACGAUAAUGUAUUUAUUAAUUAGCUGACUGCUAUAAAUUAAGAUCGCUUUGCCGCAAUGAAUUCAUUCGCACAAAUUACACUAAAGACCAAAAUAUAUAAUAACAUUUUAGAAUAUAACCAAUAGCAUUACAGGUACCAUACUUGAAAAUUCUCAAAAAAAAAAAUCAUUGAAUUCCGAUAAAGGCGCCAAGAUAAUAAUCAAAUCUACAAACCAUUGAGCAUUUUAAAACGAUUUUAAUCAUUUCAAAUAUUUUUCAUCAGAAAUAUUUGACAACAUUUUUUUAAUUCUGUAAAUAAUCUAUAUUUUUAACAAAUUAGCCGUAUUAUUACAAUUCAUACU